AUGCACUUCGAUUACGAAUCGGAUACAGCCGUUUCGCUCGCGAACGGUUCUUCUCGACGAGAAUAUGCUUCCCCGGCGCUCCAACCAAAAUCUUCCGGCUUAGAAGAUCUCUUCCCUGAGUCUCGAGACUUAGGUGCAUAUUACGGUGCCGAAAUCAAUCUGUGCAUGGAUACGGUGCAUCCUGAGACCCAGACAUGCGGGGAAUAUCCUCAUUCAGUCUCAUCGAGGAUUAUUGGCGGUCAAGAAGCAUUCUGGAAGCAGUUCCCGUGGCAGGUUUCCGUUUCACGGUUCGGACGCCACGUUUGCGGCGGUGCCAUAAUCGAUGGUAGCUGGGUGGCUUCGGCGGCUCACUGCUUCUACAACAAAGCGGGAGCAGGGGAGUACGACGCAUCCGCGGGGAUACACGACAUUUACCUAGACAAUGCUCACAAGCAGACUCGAAAAGUCGUCAAAGUCAUCAGACAUCCCGGCUUCGGCCCGGGUGGUCAUCGGAAUGACAUCGCCUUGCUGAAGUUGGGAACGCCUUUCAACUUCACGGGAUCUCAAGGAUACGUUGGGCCUAUAUGUCUACCUGAAAAUUCUGAGGAAGUAACAGGGAAUGUGACGGUUUCCGGGUGGGGUAAAACGAGAGAGUCUGCAUUGGACGAGUCGAGAUCAUUGCAGUCCGUAGUAAUUCCCGUGAUAUCCGAUUUCAACUGUCAGUACAGAUACUUCUCGCUAUGGAAUAUAUUACUUGGUUCAAAAGUUGAAUCCAAAUCGAUGUUCUGCGCUGGAUUGCCCGAGGGCGGCAAGGAUUCGUGCCAGGGUGAUUCUGGAGGUCCUGCCAUCCAGUAUUCCGCUGAUCGAGCCUACUUGAAAGGUAUCGUGUCCUGGGGACACGGUUGCGCGAGGCCGAGGAAACCCGGAGUCUACACUGAGGUUCCUCACUUCAUACCCUGGAUCAAAGACGUUAUGCUCAAGGAAUAG